CUACUUUUUUGAAAAUGGCAAAAGGGGACAAAGGUCUUUUAUCUGACAAUGACGAUCAGGAAUCAGAAAAUAUUGAAGUUACAUGUAUGACUCGAGAAUUCAGAAAAGACAGCUGGCAGUCUUUUUUAAUUUGUUUUGCUUUGCUGUUAAAUAGAGCUUUUAUUGUCGGAGUUCUUCAUUCUUGGGGAUUUUUUCUCGUCGCUUUCGUGAAAGACAUAAAAUCAUCAACAGAAACUGCUGCAUGGAUUGGUUCCGUGGCCUAUGGACUAUCUAUGACCUUUGGACCAGUAGCCAGUAUCCUGGUGAACCGUUUUGGACACCGUGUUGUGAUGAUUGCGGGCGGACUUCUCUGCGCCGUUGCUGUCUUCCUCUCUUCAUUCGUGACCCAUUUAAACCAAAUGUUUGGCUCCUUCUCGGUCUUGUAUGGGAUCGGAACUUGCAUGUCCGUCAGUCCAACGAUGACCAUAGCCCCAAAGUUCUUUGACAAACACAUGACACUAGCUGUGGGUCUUAUGACUGCUGGAAGCAGUAUCGGGACCUUAAUCAUGGCACCAGUUUCCCAGACCCUUAUUGACGCCAUUGGUUGGAGAAACACAUUCCGCUGUUUCUCUGGCACUUGCCUUUUCAGUGCAAUAUGCUGUUGUCUGAUUAGACCUUUGCCGUCAUCUGAACAGGAGACACCAUUGGAGUCCAUCAAACAGUCCCCCGCCAGGAAACUUAUGCAGGAGCUGAAACUCUGGAAGAACCGAGUCUUCGUCGUGUGGACUUGUGCUGUAACAUGCGUUAUGUUUGGCUACUAUAUCCCCUAUGUUCAUUUGGUUUCGUACGCACAAGACAUCGGUAUUCCCCCAGAGAAAGGCUCAAUGUUAAUAAUGGUAUUGGGAAUCACCACAGCCAUUGGCCGUGUCAUGUUUGGAAAAAUAGUGGGUCUGGGCGUCCUGAACAGACUUCACAUGCACCAGCUGUCGAUGGUGGUCACCGGAACAGCUGUGAUGAUGCUCCCAAUGAUCCGCUCCUUUAUCGGGAUCAUCUUUUACGUAGUUGUCGUUGGUUUAGUGGACGGAUGUUACGUUGUCCUCCUACCUGUGCUGACGGUAUCCCUGAUGGCAGGAGAGAAUUCAGUAACUGCCUGGGGGUUUCUGAUUGGCACAAGUUCUGUAACCUUCACCCUUGGUCCACCAGUUGCUGGUGCCCUAUUUGACGCCUUAGGGUCCUAUAAUGUAGCCUUCCACUGCGCCGGAAUUCCUGUUAUCACUGGUGCAAUAAUCUUGUUCUUCAUUCCUUGGGCACAGCGGACAUCACGCUCAGAAAACGCCAUGGUAGUGGUUAGUGACAUGGAGUGCUCUGAUCAAGAACAAUACGACUUCGCAGACGACCUGAUAGACGAAGCAAGACGUGUGCAAGAGAGACGAUCCAAGUCCGUUGGAAAGGAUGGCACUAUCGAUAUAGAUCAGAUACAACUUCAUUUUCCCGCCGGCGGGAAAUCUCGCAGCAGACGAUUUCGCGACCAAGGAACUUCUACCUUACCAGACAAUAUUCAGUAUGUUCCACAAGAUCUUAAGGAGGCCAUUACCAUGUUACAGGAGAAUGCUCGCCUAAUUUCUGAGAUGCUGGCAAACGGUAAUCCGCAAUCAAAAGCUGAAGCAGCGCAGAAUGAAAGAUGGGGCGCCAAAUCUCGUAGUGAAAUGGUUCAGCCCACAGUUAUGGACAUUCAGCCACAGAAAAUGAUCAGCAUCAUGUCAAUUCCUGGUGGACUGACAAUCAGCCACUGGGAGCCAAGAGCACCUAAUGCCACAGAUUCCAUAAGUAACCCACCAUCCAUGUUCAGUUCUCAAAGUUUUCUACAGAAUGCUCAGUCAUUCCAUUCCAGAAAUCUGUCUGAAUACAUAGUUUCACCAGGUGCUCAAGGACAUAGUCCAAUACAACAAAAUUCAGGGAUUGCCACGUCUCCAAAAGAAAUGGCUUUGGGAAUGCAGGCACAUAGUCCAAUACAGCAGAGCACAGGGAUCCCCACCUCUCCAAAAGAUAUAGCUAUGGGACAGCAGGCAACAAGUCCAUUACAACAGAACAUUGGGAUCAUAACAUCACCACAAGAAAGGGCUACUGGAUCACAGACACAUAGCCCAAUGCAAAGGAACAUUAUUAAAUUACCACAAGAAAGGAAUGAUACCCCUUGUAUAAAUAUUCCAAGUAUAUCCCCUCAACAAAACACAAGAGCAGUGGCAGAUCUGUUGGAUAAAUCUAACAUUAGUAAUGUUCCAGUGGAUACAUCCGAGAUACAUUCAGACCAAAUGGAUUCAGCAAUGGCCUUUACCAAGAAAGUUUUGUCCCCAACAUCUCCCCCACAGAUCCUAAGCCAACAAGAACCCUCCACAUCAGGUCCUUCCCCAAGAGCAACAAUUAGGUCCCCUGUGUUAUGUGCAAUACCAGAAGUAACAAUUGGACAGCCAAUUAACCAACCAAAGGCAGAAGUCAGGACAGAUAACCUUACAGCUGAUGACACUGACAAAUGGACUGAUAAUUCACCCAAUGAUCCUAAGCCAUUUAUGAAACAGAAUUCUGGAGAAGAGAUUUCAAUACAUUCUGAUACACAGACUUCAUCAGGGGCUGCCAUUCAGUCUGACUCCAGCUUAUCUGUUAAGGAGUCUGUUAGUGUGGCCUCAGCUGGGGAAAUAGACGUGUUUACCCAUUUGUUUGAUGACCAUGAUGAACCUACUGUAUAGUGUAGUGCUAAAUCAAAUAUGCAUGUGUACAUGUAACACAAAAAAUAUGUAUUCUACCAAAUAUGCUGUCAUUCAGUCAAUAAGAAAAUGUGUUCUCUAGUUAAAAUUUUAAUGAACACAUCAACAAAUCCAUAUAUAAUAUUGAUACAAAUAUCACACAAACACUUUCAAGCAUUUCUAAAACAAAUAAUACAUGAGUGAAAAAAUAUCAAAGGCUACAAGUUAACUGCACCUGUCAAAUAAAAUCAUAAAUACAGUACAAAGUGUUUAAAAUUAUUUAAAAAACUAUUAUAAAUAUUAAAUAUCUAGAGUAGAUAGUUAAUACUAUUGUGAACUUCAGCUUAAAAAAGACUAUACACUAGUUGUGUAAUGCCAAAAAGGUAAACUAUCAUGAGCAAAAUAUCAUUUGAUCAUACACUAAAUCAGUAUGACAGACCGUUAUCAAGGAUAAAUGUACAAAAAAAUUCAUUUUUUUAAAUACAUGCCGUUUGACUUCACCGGUUUAGAAAAAUUUUCAAAUUUUUCUGAAGAUUUCUGUACAAUAUAUACCAGGACUAAUUUUGCUCACAGUAGCUUUAAUAUCAAUUGGGUAAAAAAAUAA